AAACUCUUUCUUCGGCUCGCGAGCGGAGAGGAGCAGGUAGAGGGGCAGAGGCGGGACUGUCGUCUGGGGGAGCCACCCAGGAGGCUCCUCAGGCCGACCCCAGACCCUGGCUGGCCAGGAUGAGGUAUCUCCGGCACCUGCGGCCCAAUGCCACCCUCAUUCUGGCCAUCGGCGCUUUCACCCUCCUCCUCUUCAGUCUGCAAGUGUCACCACCCACCUGCAAGGUCCGGGAGCAGCCACCGACGAUCCCCGAAGCCCUGGCCUGGCCCACUCCACCCACCCGCCCAGCCCCGGCCCCGUGCCAUGCCAACACCUCUAUGGUUGCCCACCCGGACUUCGCCACGCAGCCGCAACACGUUCGGAACUUCCUCCUGUACAAACACUGCCGCGACUUUCCCCUGCUGCAGGACGUGCGCCCCUCUAAGUGCGCGCAGCCAGUCUUCCUGCUGCUGGUGAUCAAGUCCUCCCCUAGCAACUAUGUGCGCCGCGAGCUGCUGCGGCGCACGUGGGGCCGCGAGCGCAAGGUGCGGGGUUUGCAGCUGCGCCGCCUCUUCCUGGUGGGCACAGCCUCCAACCCGCACGAGGCCCGCAAGGUCAACCGGCUGCUGGAGCUGGAGGCACAGACUCACGGAGACAUCCUGCAGUGGGACUUCCACGACUCCUUCUUCAACCUCACGCUCAAGCAGGUGCUGUUCUUACAGUGGCAGGAGACAAGGUGUGCCAACGCCAGCUUCGUGCUCAACGGGGAUGAUGACGUCUUUGCACACACAGACAACAUGGUCUCCUACCUGCAGGACCAUGACCCUGGCCACCACCUCUUUGUGGGGCAACUGAUCCAAAACGUGGGCCCCAUCCGGGCUUCAUGGAGCAAGUACUAUGUGCCGGAGAUGGUGACUCAGAAUAAUCGGUACCCACCCUAUUGUGGGGGUGGUGGCUUCCUGCUGUCCCGCUUCACGGCCGCUGCCCUGCGCCGUUCUGCCCAUGUCUUGGAGAUCUUCCCCAUUGAUGAUGUCUUCCUGGGUAUGUGUCUGGAGCUUGAGGGACUGAAGCCUGCCUCCCACAGUGGCAUCCGCACGUCUGGCGUGCAUGCUCCAUCGCAACGCCUGUCCUCCUUUGACCCCUGCUUCUACCGGGACCUGCUGCUGGUGCACCGCUUUCUACCUUAUGAGAUGCUGCUCAUGUGGGAUGCGCUGAACCAGCCCAACCUCACCUGCGGCAAUCAGACACAGAUCCACUGAGUCAGCAUCAGGGUCCCCAGCCUCUGGGCUCCUGUUUCCAUAGGAAGGGGCGACACCUUCCUCCCAGGAAGCUGAGACCUUUGUGGUCUGAGCAUAGGGGAGUGCCAGGGAAGGUUUGAUGAGUGAAUAUUCUGGCUGGUGAACUCCUACACAUCCUUCAAAACCCACCUGGUACUGUUCCAGCAUCAUCCCUGGAUGGCUGGAGGAACUCCAGAAAAUAUCUGUCUCCUUUUUGUGGCUGCUAAUGGCAGAAGUGCCUCUGCUAGAGUUCCAACUGUGGAUGCAUCCAUCCCGUUUGAGUCAAAGUCUUACUUCCCUGCUCUGACCUACUCACAGACGGGAUGCUAAGCCGUGCACCUGCAGUGGUUUAAUGGCAGAUAAGCUCCGUCUGCAGUUCCAGGCCAGCCAGAAACUCCUGUGUCCACAUAGAGCUGACUUCAGAAAUAUCUUUCAGCCCAGGAGAGAGGGGUCCUGAUCUUAACCCUUUCCUGGGUCUCAGACAACUCAGAAGGUUGGGGGGAUACCAGAGAGGUGGUGGAAUAGGACCGCCCCCUCCUUACUUGUGGGAUCAAAUGCUGUAAUGGUGGAGGUGUGGGCAGAGAGGGAGGCAAGUGUCCUUUGAAAGUUGUGAGAGCUCAGAGUUUCUGGGGUCCUCAUUGGGAGCCCCCAUCCCUGUGUUCCCCAAGAAUUCAGAGAACAGCACUGGGGCUGGAAUGAUCUUUAAUGGGCCCAAGGCCAACGGGCAUAUGCCCCACUACUACCUGAAGAAGGGAGAGAUUCAGGUCCUCCAGCGGCUCCCCCACCCAGUAUGUUUUACAGAUUAAGCGGGGACCAAGUGAGCCAGUGACCCCCUGCAGCCCCCAGCUUCAGGCCUCAGUGUCUGCCACUCAAGCUUCACAGGCAUUGCAAUGGGGCAGCCUUGGGGAAUAAAAAGUUUUGUGAAGACUUGGAGAUCUUUUUUUUAAGCAAAUUUACAAGUUUCAACAGACAAGUCCACAUUCAUCCCUAAAAGUCUCAUUUUCCAGUAGAAAAUAUACACUGGUAAAACAGGGCAUGGGGCCGUGGCUCAGGGCUGUAAUUCUAGCACAUUGGGAGACCAAACUGGGAGGAUUACUUGAGCCCAGGAGUUCUGGAUCCUGUCUCUGCACAAAAUAAAAAAUUACUCGGGCAUGGUGGUGCUCACAUGCCUGUAGUCCCAGCUAUACUCGGGAGGCUAAGGCGAGAGAAUCGCUUGAGCCCAGGAGUUGGAGGCUGCUGUGAACCAUGAUUGCGCCACUGUACUCCACUGGGCAGCAAUAAGAAGACAAAAACAAAACAGGACAUGGGUGAGGCAAAAGCUGCAGGAAUUUCUUUCAGGCAGAUCUGACCUCAUCCCACCCACCCCCUGCUCAGAUACCCUUCAUAGCUCCUUAUUGCUUUCAGCUCAUAUCCCCACAU